AUGUUGGAUGCGUUCGAGGUUCUCACCACGUCUGGCGUGGUUCUCUGGUCCAGGACAUAUGCGCCCGUCAGCCCCUCCAUUGUCAACAAUUUCAUUGCCGACACGUUCAUCGAGGAAAAGACGGGCACCAUUGCGCCCACCGAUUCGCAGUCGGCCGCGAGCAAUCCGGCCUAUAGAAGCGACCAGCACACUCUGAAAUGGACUUUUGUCAAGGAAUUGGGCUUGAUCUUUGUGGUUGUCUACCGUUCUCUGCUGCACUUGUCAUGGGUCGAUAAGCUUGUGGACAACAUCAAAACCAUCUUUGUCGAGCUAUACGGCGAACAACUCACCAAGCCCCAUACUACCCUCGUCGAAUGCCACUCGUUUGGUGAAUACUUCGACCAGCAGCUGCAAGAGCUAGACAAGUCGAGUCAUGUCGGGUCUAUAAGUCCUAUAGACGAGGAAUCCUCCUCCCAUCCCGCGGCAGCAGGCCUAAAAUACAGAGGCCAUGCUCCCAAUGGUACCGCUGCCCAUGAUACCACAUCAGCUGAUUCGACGCCUAUCCAAACACCCAACGCUUCACGCCCCUCGACUCCCGGCAACUUGGUUGUUGCCAAGGCUGGCCCUGUGGCCAAGAUGUCCAGAAGAGCCCGCAAGGCUCACAACUCUGGUUCAGCACCUGCGUCGUCUGGAGACGAGGCGUUGGCUUCAAGUCGACAGAAGAAGGGCGCCAAGGCGACGAAGAAGGGCCGCAAAUGGAACGCCGAGGGGUUCGCUGACGAGGAAGACGACGAUGUGCAGCUGGAUUAUUCCCGGCCUAAUCUCACCAGUGAUUCGGAGGCUGAGGCAGUUGGGCGGUCUAGCGCUCUUGAUGUUGUUGAGUCGUCUACAUGGGGAUCUACAAGCAAAGGCAAGUUCAUUCUCAAGGACUUGGGAGACGAGGUGCACGACAUUUUGGCCUCGGCAGAGGCUCAGAAGGCCGAGAAGGCCGCGCGAGCAGACACCAAGACUGGUCUCUUGGGCUCUGGAGUCAAUGCCAUUAGUGGGCUGUUCCGAAAUGUGGUCGGUGGCAAGACUUUGACCAAGGAGGAUCUCGACAAGGCCAUGAAGGGCAUGGAAGAUCAUUUGCUGCGCAAGAAUGUGGCGCGCGAAGCAGCUGUUCGCCUCUGCGAGGGUGUUGAAAAGGAGCUGGUUGGUGUCAGAACUGGAAACUUUGAAAGUAUCAACGCCAAGAUCCAGGCGGCAAUGGAGUCAUCUCUCACCAAAAUGCUCACUCCCACCUCAUCCCUCGAUCUUCUUCGUGAAAUCGACUCCAUCACAGCUCCACCGGUCACGUCUCUGCGCAAAGCUCGGCCCUACGUCAUCUCCAUCGUCGGAGUCAACGGCGUCGGCAAGUCCACCAACCUCUCCAAGAUCUGCUUCUUCCUGCUGCAGAACAAGUACAAGGUCCUCAUCGCCGCCGGCGACACGUUCCGUUCGGGCGCCGUCGAGCAGCUCGCCGUGCAUGUGCGGAACCUCAAGGAGCUCACGGCCCGAGAGGGAGGAAGAGUCGAGCUGUACCAGAAGGGGUACGGCAAGGAUGCUGCUGCCGUCGCCAAGGACGCUGUGAACCAUGCGGCUCAGGAGGGCUACGACGUCGUUCUCAUCGAUACGGCUGGGCGGAGGCACAACGACCAGAGACUCAUGUCCUCGUUGGAGAAGUUUGCCAAGUUUGCUCAGCCUGAUAAGAUUCUCAUGGUUGGUGAGGCUCUGGUUGGAACAGACUCUGUUGCCCAGGCGCGCAACUUCAAUGCGGCCUUUGGCUCUGAUCGCGCCCUAGACGGCUUCAUCAUCUCCAAGUGCGACACCGUCGGCGACAUGGUCGGCACCCUUGUCAGUCUAGUCCACGCGACGAACGUGCCCGUUGUGUUUGUGGGAGUUGGGCAGCAUUACUCUGACCUGAGGAAUUUUUCUGUCAAGUGGGCUGUAGAAAAGCUGCUGAGCAGCAAUUAA